GCAAUCGAGCGCUACAAGCGGCAGAAGUGUCUCAUAUUGUUGAUAAAUUUCAUUUACUUUCUUUCGUUCGUCCAAAUAAUUUGACAGGAAAAAUAUAAUCGCUGUUUUGCGUUUCGUUAAUGUAUCCGACAAUAACAAUUGUUUUACAAAAUGUUAAGUAAAAUAGUUGAUAUGACAUACUAUCGAUUCAUAGUCUGAUUGGUUAAGCCAGUGUUCAAUGCAAGUAUGGCCGCCCUGCCGUCACCCACGCAGGUGGCUGGAAGCCAUACUGCUAUAUAUGAAGCUUAUUAUAACCAGGUGGAUCCAAAUGGAUAUGGACGAAUUGGUGCGAUGGAAGCUGCAAGAUUUCUUAAGAAAUCCCAGCUGAGUGAUGUUGUAUUAAGUAAGAUAUGGGAUAUGGCAGAUCCACAAUCACGUGGAUCAUUAGACAAAUCUGGUCUUUUUGUUGCUCUCAAACUUUGUGCAUUAGCCCAAGCAGGAAGAGACCUUAGUAUGUCAAAUUUAAAUAUAGAAUUGCCACCUCCAAAAAUGGGUGAUAUUCCUGUAAUAUCUCAGAAAAAUCUAGUAAAUACUGUACCAGUAAUAACAUCUGUCAGUAACGGAGAUUGGUCUAUUAAACCCUCAGAAAGAGCCAAAUAUGAUCAACUUUUUGACAGUUUGCAACCUUCAAAUGGAUAUAUACCUGGGAAUAAAGUAAAGGAUGUUCUUAUGGAUAGUAAACUUCCUUUGGAUACACUUGGAAAGAUUUGGGAUCUUGCAGAUAUGGAUAAAGAUGGUAUGCUGGAUAGACAUGAGUUUGUUGUUGCUGUGCAUUUAGUGUAUAAAGCUUUAGAGAAAUAUGCUAUACCAAGUGUACUUCCACCAGAGUUAAUGCCACCAGCAAAAAGGAAAGAUUCUACAACACCAGUACCAAAAUCUCCUGCGCCAAUUGCUGUAAUUACAACAGUCCCACCAUCUAUUCCACCUCUGCCUAAUGUACCUCCAGUGAAGAGCAUGGUUGGUUUGGAUACGGUAAAGACGAAUGUACAGUGGGUAGUUUCAUCUGAGGAUCAAAUAGCAGCGGACAAACUAUUUUUGCAAGCUGAUCUAGAUAUGGAUGGGUAUGUCUCAGGUAUUGAAAUCAAAGAUGUCUUCCUUCAAAGUGGACUUCCACAGACUAUCUUAGCUCAUAUAUGGAGUCUUUGUGACACAUGUCAAAGUGGAAAGUUAAAUAAAGAACAAUUUGCUCUAGCUAUGUGGCUUAUUAAACAAAAACUCAGGGGUGUUGAACCACCCACAGCUUUGAGCCCUGAUAUGAUACCACCAUCCAUGCGAAAAUCAACUGAAUCUGUUGUGGAAAACAAUAAUGUCUCUGGUUAUUCAAACCCAGAAUUGGACAUGAUAAGUAAAGACAUAGCAGAACUUGUAAAAGAGAGGCAAAGUAUGGAACAAGAUAUAGCACAAAAGGAAGCUGAUAUUAAGAUAAAGAAUGGUGAAAUUAAAAGUUUACAGAGCGAACUGGAUACACUUGCUGCUACAUUAAAACAAUUAGAAAAUCAGAAAGGUGAAGCACAAAAGCGAUUGAAUGAUUUAAAAGCUCAGAAGACAGAAGUAGAUAAAGAUUUGAGUGAGGUCGAGCAGAAGAUACGUGAAGAACAGAAAAAGGUUGAUAAAUUGCGUCAACAAGCAGAAGAGCAAGAAUCGGUGUUGCGUGCUCAAGAAGAAGAACUGAAUUUUAAACGACAAGAAUUGGAAGGCUUGAAACAAGAAGAACAGCAGUUAGAACAGCAACAAAAUAAAAGCAGGGACCAAUUAAAUGAACUCACUAAAAAUUUGCAGGAUACACAGUUGCAAAUUUGUCAAGCAAAAGCAAAAAUCACUCAUUUACAAGAACAACAACGGCAAAUGAGUGACGCAAUUGCACUUUAUGACUCUGCACUUGCAGCUGGGGAUGCCACGCUUGUACCUGAUACUAGUCUGCAAUUUAAUCCCGAAAUUGAAAACUUAGAAUAUGAGAAAGCAAGUGAAGAAGAUAAGAUUCAAAAUAAGAAAAACGUUCAAUUUUCUAAUACAAAUGGAGCAACAAUGGAUGGGUUCGAACAAGAUCCUUUUGCGGAACCAUUUAAUAAUGCAUCAACACCGGAUCCAUUUGGAAGUGCAUUUUCAUCUCCAAAUACUACUGGAGGAGGAGGAGGAGGAGCAGGGGGAUUCACGUCUGACCCAUUUAGUGUAUUUGAUGAUAGCAAUGCCGUUGUGAAACAGGAUCCAUUUGAUCCAUUUGGAGAUGGAAAAAGAAAUGAUACUAAAGCUACCACUACGACAUCAGCGACAAAAGAUCCAUUUGGAGAUGAUCCAUUCGCAAAUCUUCAUGCACCGCCUCGACCAGAAAGCCCUAGUCCUGCUCUCCCUCCUAAAAAAGCAAAACAACCUCCACCACGACCAGCACCUCCUCGACCGUCUCAAGGACCUACCGGUCCUCUACGAGCAGCACCGGCACCGCCUACACCUUCUCCUACACCUGAUCCCUUUGCAAAUGCUUUCUCUGCUCAACAAGGCAUAAUAGAUAACAACAACAGUAAUAAUUUUAAUACGUCUACUGGAUUUGCAGAUUUUGCUAAUUUCGAUUCUAAGCCGGAACCAACACUGACACGAACGGCACCACCCAGACCAACCAGCAGAACACACACAGUAUCAACGGUAACUCCAAAGCUGCCGGAUUUCACGGAAGAUCCCUUCAGAGACUAUCGAUACGAAGAUCCCUUUAACAUACCAGAUCCUUUCGCCGAUGACGCAGAAGAUCAUAACGCGAAUAAGAGUGAAACAACGGCUGGCAACGUGGAUCCAUUUAGUUACGGAACAACCUCGGUACUCUCUCGUAAAAAUUCGUUCACCAAAAGCUUUGAUAUUGAUUUCUCAAAUACCUUUCCUCUGACUAAAAGCAAGUCUGAGAAAGACAAUGCUAAAUUCGAUACUGAUUUCGUGAAAGCAUUCUCUGACGACAACAGAAAUAUAAAGACCAUCGACUCUGAUGCGUUUUCAAACUUCAAGAUAAAAACGGUCGACAUAGAUGAAGCAUUUUCCACCAAGAAUGAAAAAUCUGCCAGAAGGCACGGACAAGAUUUAGCACACAAUAGAUCUAAAACUACUUUUAAUGAUAAAAAAUCGAAAAAUGACAUGGGUAAAAUUUGGAACGGUAACAGUGCUGCACCACCUCUCUCGUUGAGCGAAGAAGAGCAAUUUGUUUGGGCAUCUCAACAAAGCUUAAAGACCGAGGAGGAAAGGCGUAAGCGUAAACAGCAAGAAGAGGCUGAAUUAGCUUUAGCCCUUGAGCUAAGCAAGCAAGAAAAAUCCGGGAAAUUGUAAAUUUAAUCAGUAAAAGCACUUUCUGUUUGAUUUAUUUUAUUGAAUUGAAACAUAUACAUAAUAUAUAUAUAUAUAUACAUAUAUUUUCGGGCACAACGACUUUACGAAUCUUCAUAAUGAAAUCAGAACUGAAAGAUAUAUGAUAUGUUAACUUAUUAUUAAUAACUAUGAGAUCUGUGCUAAUGAAAGGCUAUGAAGGAUAAUCGUGUAAUGCUUAUUUUUAAUACUACUUAGCAUAUCAUAAUCACGGUGGCACGAAAACAGAAAUUGAAUCAAGCAUACAUGCAUCCAACAGUUUAUAGAAACAUUAAUUAUGUAACAUCAAGAAACAUUUCACUGCAUAUGAAGUCAGUUUUGGAUGUGAUCUUCUUGGUUUUCAUCCGAUACAGGAUACAUUUAAGUAUUCAACUAUAUAGUUACAAACAAAUCUCUUGAUGUAUUGAAUACUAUUUGAACAUAAAAAAAAAAAAAAAAUUAUAUUGAACCGCGCGCUCUUUUCGAUACUCUGGUUUACCACAGAGGAAUCGAUCGAUUUUGUAAAAAAAAGUAAAA